AUGGCGGCAUUUGUCACCAACUGUGUAUCAGUUAUUUUUAUGGUUUCUUUUGUUUUCACCAUCAUCCCUUGUUUGGUAGCAAACACCACCAUUACCAUCGACAAAGAUGCACAUAUUGCCGACUUCGAUGAGUUCCUACAGAAGCGCGCUGAGAAAGCCCUCCAAUCUUCCCUCAGCGCUUAUAAUCCUCACCCCGAAGAGGUCACCGAUAACUUUAACAAACAAGUUGGAGACUUGUUGUUGGGUGGCAAUGUCACGAGGAGGAACCUGAAAAAGUCCGAUUGUAUGGCGACAAAUCCCAUUGACAGAUGCUGGAGGUGUGAUCCUAACUGGGCUAAAGACAGGAAGAAGUUAGCUCGUUGUGCUCGCGGGUUUGGCAGGUACACUACUGGUGGAAUGGCCGGGAACUACUACGUUGUCACGGAUCCCUCAGACGACGACAUUCAGAAUCCUAGACCCGGGACCCUGCGCCAUGCAGCCAUCCAGGAAGAGCCGUUGUGGAUCAUCUUCGAGCGUAACAUGGUUAUUAGGCUGAGCGAAGAGCUUUUGAUCACCAGCAACAAAACAAUUGAUGGCAGGGGAGCAGAGGUGCAUAUUGCCUAUGGUGGUGGUCUAACCCUCCAAUUUGUACAGAAUGUCAUCAUUCACAACAUUCGCAUCCAUCACAUAUAUCCUGGAUCAGGAGGAAUGAUUAGAGAUUCCGUUUUUCAUAUUGGUUUGAGAACAAAGAGUGAUGGAGAUGGUAUCUCCAUCUUCGGUUCAAACCACAUAUGGAUUGACCAUGUUUCUAUGUCAAAAUGCAGUGAUGGUCUAAUUGAUGCCAUCAUGGCUUCAACAGCAAUCACAAUUUCCAGCUGCAAGUUCAAUAAUCAUAAUGAUGUGAUCCUGUUGGGAGCAAGUGAUGGACAUAGCGAAGACGCAAUAAUGCAAGUUACUGUGGCAUUUAAUCGUUUUGGGAAGGGAUUGGUUCAGAGGAUGCCGCGGUGCAGAUGGGGAUUUUUCCAUAUAGUGAACAAUGACUAUGCUCAAUGGCAAAUGUAUGCUAUUGGUGGCAGUGCACAUCCUACUAUUAUCAGCCAGGGGAACCGAUUCAAGGCCGCCAAAAACCAGUUCACCAAGGAGGUGACCAAGAGGGAUUAUGCUGAGGAGAGCGAAUGGAGCAAAUGGCAAUGGAGGUCAGAAGGUGACGUAUUCUUGAAUGGAGCCUACUUUGUUGAAUCCGGGGCACCUCUGCAUGAGACUCCAUUCAACGGUAAGAAUAAGCUCCAAUUCAAGCCAGGGUCAUACGCAGGAAGACUCACCAGAUACGCUGGGGCGCUUAAAUGUAAAGCAAGCCAACCUUGUUAA